UGUCGAGUCGAAAUAUUAUUCUAGUUUAAUUCAGUGAUAAAUAUAUUAAUUAAAAAAAAUAUUGUGGAAGGUUAAAGCAAAUAGAACGUGACCAAUACUAAGAAGUAUUAAACUCAUAUUUGUCGAGGUGGUUGCGUGGAUAAAGACACUGAAAUGUUACCAAGAUGGCGAUACGCAAUAUCAAAAUUGUUCCUAAUUCCUCAGCGGUAUGUCCUGGGUAUUAUGGGCCUACUGGCCGUUUGCAACGCGUACACUAUGCGCGUAUGUCUCAAUCUGGCAGUCACGCAAAUGGUCAACAAUACCAAAGAUGUCGAGUCACAUUAUGACCCCAACGCAUGCCCUGAUGAUAGUGAGAUCCUGCCGAACGGAACCGUCAGUCAGAAGCCGUACGCAAUAUUUGAUUGGUCUGAGUCGACUCAAGGGCUUAUCCUCAGUGGAUUUUAUUAUGGAUACGCCAUUACCCACGUCCCUGGAGGAUACUUAGCCGAAAGAUAUGGAGGUAAAUGGACACUAGGCAUCGGGCUAUUGAGCACGGCAAUAUUUACACUGCUCACACCAGUUGUGGUAAAAGCUGGCGGUGCUACAUGGCUGUUUAUACUCCGAGUACUACAGGGAAUGGGAGAGGGUCCAACAAUGCCCGCUUUGAUGAUAGUGUUAGCUCGUUGGGUACCCCCGCAUGAACGUUCCAGACAAGGUGCUUUGGUGUUUGGUGGUGCGCAAAUAGGAAAUAUCUUCGGUUCCUUCAUGUCAGGCUUCCUUAUGGCUGGCGAUGGUGAUUGGGCUAAUGUAUUUUAUUUCUUCGGCUGCUUCGGUAUCGUGUGGUUUUUGUUUUGGAGCAUCUUAUGCUAUAGUACACCAAACACCCAUCCGUAUAUUUCAGAGGAAGAGUUGAAUUAUUUGAAUGAAACAGUAACCAGUGCUGAUACAAAAAGUGUUAGGGAUCCUGUACCUUGGAAGGCUAUCGUGCGAUCUGUUCCAGUUUGGGCUCUAUUGUUUGCAGCUGUGGGCCACGAUUGGGGAUACUAUACAAUGGUGACAGAUCUACCUAAAUAUAUGACGGACGUCCUCAAAUUCAAUAUUGCGACCACUGGAACCCUUACUGCUAUACCCUAUCUGGCUAUGUGGAUCAGUUCCUUUAUCUUUGGCUGGGUCUGUGACAUUUGUGUAACAAGAGGCUGGCAUUCGAUCAGGGUUGGAAGAAUAAUUCACACAACAAUAGCUGCUACUGGUCCCGCAAUUUGUAUCAUAUUGGCUUCUUACGCCGGCUGUGAUCGGUUUGCUGCCGUCGCCUAUUUUAUUGCAUCAAUGGCGCUUAUGGGAGGUUUCUAUAGCGGCAUGAAGGUGAAUGCUUUAGAUCUUGCUCCAAAUUAUGCCGGAUCACUUACUGCUAUGAUAAAUGGAACAUCUACUAUAUCUGGAAUUAUCACUCCUUACCUAAUAGGCCUUUUAACGCCUGACUCCACGCUAUCGCAAUGGCGGGUGGCGUUCUGGGUAUGCUUCGCCGUUUUGGUCGGCACUAAUGUAGUCUACAUCUUCUGGGCCGAUGGUAAGCAGCAAUGGUGGGAUGAUGUGAGACAGUACGGGUACCCGUCAGAAUGGAAACAUGGACCACUGAAACAGGCAGAUGUGGAUAAAGAAAAAAGUAAAAAGAGUAAAAAGAACAAAAAGAGUGAAAAGGAAAAUUCUGCAUUAUAGGCAAAUAUCUACUAUAACUAUUAACUUUUAGUUAGUGGAGUAUGAACUUUCAUGCAGCUAUAUUAAAAUUCCUAAUUCGUAAUUAAGGUAUAUACAAAAUUGUACAUAUCUAAAUUAAUUGCUAUCUAUAAAGAUAAAUCGCCUUUGAAGAUUGUAAUUAUACAUCAGUUAACAAAACUUGUCCAAGUUACUAACUGAAAUCGCUUCAUUAUUACUUGUUAUUUAUUCAAUUUUCUAAAGUAAUGAGCCAUUGAGAGAAAAUUCAUGUAAUUGUAUCUAGUAUGUUACGGAUGAUUUACUAUCUUAUAUAUUGAGCUAUUGCUUAUAGAAGAUAAUUUAUAGUAGUAGCUUAGGUUGUAAUAAUAAGUGUAUUAAUUGAAAUAAUGUAAGAAAUUUAAUACUUUUUGCUACAAAAAUAUAUUUUUUCGUCAAAACUGGAAUUGACUAUUGUAGAAUUCUAUUUUCAGCAUUUCAGCAUACUCGAAUUUUUAAUCAACAGAGUAUUUUCACAGAUAAAAAUAUCUUACUAAAUAUUACUUCCAUAGUACAAAUGUAGGUUCACACACAAUUUAAUUAUUUUUUUAGCCGCAACAGCCGAACCAACAUAGCCAGUAGAAUUGUGAUAUAGAUUUAAAAUAUUAUAAUUUAAGUUACAAAAACAUACUAAUAGCUUUUAAUUUAUUGUUCAUUUUAUUUAAGAACAUUAUUUACAUAAGUAUAUAAUAUUAUUUGUAUUAUAAGUGAUAUAUUAAUAGUUAAAUUACCGACGCAAACGAUACCACACAUAAUAAUAUAUCAAUGAAAGACAAUCGGAUGGACAUAAAGUCAGGAAAGUUAACCCAUCGUGCCAAAUUUAUAAGGACUUCACAACGGCGUUUUCCAGGGGUGGCUGCGGUCAACCUGUUAGGGUUACAUUACAGUAAUGGCUACUUUAGUCACAAGUACUAGCAAUUCCCUCCCUUUACUGUAAUAUUUAUAUUAAUUAAUUGUGUCAGUCGUGGUCUGGUGUCUACUAUGACUUGGACCUCGAAUAUCCUGAAUUCGUAUCUGCCCGGCACCAAAAUAUAACUAACUGUGUGUUAAUUUAUUUCCUCGAUAAUGGAUAUACCGAUAAAACAUUCUAAACUAAUCUGAAAGACUACAGUAUCACUGUGCCAUGUUUAUUGAAUUCAAAUAAACUAACCAAAAAUUGAGCAUGUUAAGUGAUGCAUUCUCCACGACGAUGGCAGUUUACAAUACUUCUGACUAACCUAACUAGGAUAGCAGUCGUGAAGGUAUAUUGUUAUCUUCUAUAAUGUAAUUUAUAUUACUCAUGCCGUUU